AUGUUGGCGAUAACAUACUUGGCCUGUCGGGAGGCGGGAGCGACGCGGACAGUGAAGGAGUUGGUGGUUUACGACAGAGCACUGCUGAGCAGCAGCAGCAGCAGCAGCAGCAGCAGCAGCAGCCAGCAGCAGCAGCAGCAGCAGCUCGCGCUCCCCAAAGUCGCCGAAGUCGCCUCCGUCACGGGCGCAGGCGAACACACUCUCCGCUCCAUCUACAAAGACAUGCUCGACGUCGCUGAGCAUUUGCUGCCCCCGGAGUUCCAGCCCGCAGUCGAGGGCGGCAUCGAGGCCCUCAGGGCCAAAAACUGCCGCAGAAAAAGACCCCUCCAGUGA